AUGGUCCGUAUCAUAAUCAAGGGUGGUGUGUGGAAGAACACGGAAGAUGAGGUUCUCAAAGCCGCCAUUGCUAAGUAUGGCAAAAACCAAUGGGCGCGAAUAUCGUCUCUUCUCGUUCGAAAGACACCAAAACAAUGUAAAGCCCGAUGGUAUGAGUGGCUAGAUCCCUCCAUCAAGAAGACGGAAUGGGCCAAGGAAGAGGAUGAGAAACUCCUUCACCUUGCAAAGCUGAUGCCAACCCAAUGGCGUACGAUCUCACCUGUUGUUGGACGGACUGCUACGCAAUGUCUUGAGCGGUAUCAAAAGCUACUGGAUGAAGCUGAGGCGAAGGAGAACGAAGAGCUGGGCUUGGCAGGCCCUGGUGAUUCUGGGCCGGGUGCAGACGACGUGCGUAGGCUUCGGCCGGGAGAGAUCGAUCCUGACCCAGAAACGAAACCUGCUAGGCCAGAUCCCAUUGACAUGGACGAGGAUGAGAAGGAAAUGCUAUCCGAGGCUCGCGCGCGCCUUGCGAACACCCAAGGCAAGAAGGCCAAGCGUAAGGCUCGUGAACGCCAACUCGAGGAAGCUCGACGGCUGGCAGUAUUGCAGAAGAAGAGGGAGUUAAAGGCAGCCGGUAUCAUCAUGCGCCACAAGACCAAGAAGAAGGGAAUGGAUUACAAUGCCGAUAUCCCAUUCGAGAAGAAGGCUGCCCCCGGAUUCUAUGACACGUCUGAGGAACAAGCUCGUGUUACCUCCGCUCCCGUUGGACAAACGCUUCGUCGACUCGAGAACAAGCGCAAACCAGAGGAGGAGGAAGCAGAGCGCAAGAAGCGACAGAAACGCAACAAGGAGGGCGAAAACGGGGCACCUCACCAGACCAAAUUCAUUGCAGCGAGGGACGCGCAGAUUCAGAAGCUGAAAGAAGCUGAGUCCAUCGGGCGGAGGAGUAAAUUGAUGCUCCCUCCAGCGCAAGUGGGUGAGAAGGAGUUGGAAGAUAUCGUCAAAAUCGGACAGGCGGACGAGAACGCAAAGGCAUUGAUGGGCUCUACGGAUGACCCAAGCGCGCAGUUGCUGGGUAAUUAUGAGGGGUUGGACAGAGCAAAGAUGGCUAGAACGCCGAGGACGGCCCCGCAACAGGAUCAUAUCUUGUCUGAGGCCCGCAAUCUACGCAACAUGACAAUGGCCCAGACACCUCUACUUGGAGAUGAGAACACCCCUCUACAUGUCACUACUGAUGGCGACACCGGGUUUGGAGGAGCGACGCCGCACCAUCAACCUGCUUUCACGCCUAAUCCUCUUGCGACUCCCAUGCACCGUAAUGGCGAUGUAUCAGCCACUCCUCGAACAGACAACAACGGUGCAACUCCCCUCCGCACACCUAUGCGUGAUAACCUCAGCAUCAACCCGGAAGAAAGAUCUUCAUUCGUCGGUGACACACCACGCGAGCAGCGGCUCCGCGCGGCCUCUGCCAAGCGCUCUCUCAAAGCUGGCUUCAUGAACCUGCCCAAGCCAGAGAACAACUUCGAGCUCCUGGUUCCCGAGGACGAAGACGAUGAAGGUACAGAGGCAUAUGCAUUGUCGGAAGAGGAUGCAGCGGAGCGGGACGCGAAGUUGAGGAGGCUGAGAGAGGAGGAAGAGAAGAGGAUUUUGGCGAGACGCAGUCAGGUCGUACAGCUAGGCCUUCCACGACCGCCAAAUGUCGAUCUGGAUCAGUUGAUGCAGGACCUGAGGAUCGUGCCUCUUGGAGAGACAGGAUUGGAGAAGGCCCAGCGCUUGGUGGAUUUGGAGGUUGCGCGUCUUCUGCAGCAUGAUUCGAUCGCGCAUCCCAUUCCGGGGACGACACAGCCCGGAGGUACGCAAUCUGCGUAUGAGAUUCCUCCAGACGACUAUGUCGUGGGGGCCAAGGACGAGAUUCAAAUCGAACUGGCCGCUGCUGUUGGAUUCCCUGAUGCUCCUGUGGAGAAGGUCAAGGAAGGUGUCAUCGCACUUGCGAAAAAUGAAGGUGUCGAGGAUUUGUCGUAUUGGGCGUAUCUCAAGGGUCAACUGGCCUUCGACGUUGCCACCGGUCGAUGGCUCACUGAAGACAAGAUUUCACUGGAGGCACGCGUUGCCGGAUACACUUCAUUACUGGAGGAGAGCAAAAAUAUCAUGGCAAGGGAGGCUGGUCGAGCUGCCAAGGUGGAGAAAAAGCUCGGAAUAACCCUGGGCGGAUACCUUGCACGCUCCCGCGAUCUCUCGAAACGGCUCGGCGACGCGUUCGAUGAGUUACAGCGCACUAAGAUUGACUUCGAGAGCUUCGCACGGUUGAGAGGAAACGAGUCUGCUGCCGGACCAGCCCGGGUGACGCGUCUGAAAGAGGAGGUAGAGAAGUUGGAGAGUAGAGAGAGGAUCCUACAGACUAUCUAUGCUGAGCUGGAACGGGAGAAGAGGGAAAGUGAAGAGCGGGUGGCAGCGCUCGAAGAGAGGAUUAUGAUGGAGGCCGAGGCGUUGAACGAGGCUAUGUUGGCUGCAGAGGAUGGAGUCGCUGUGUAACUUUUCCAUGUAUAUACUUAGUCUUCCUGUCAUAUUUAUGUUUGUAUCACCGAUCUGACUUUUUUCCUUUC